GGCGCCGCGGGGGGGGGGGAAUGCAGGCGGCGCGCGGAGCCAUGGCCCACUUCCGCCUGGCUCUUAUUCAGCUUCAUGUAUCUGCUGUUAAAUCAGAUAACCUUCAACGAGCCUGUGGGCUGGUGAGAGAAGCAUCAGCUAAAGGAGCAAAAGUUGUGGCUCUACCUGAAUGCUUUAAUUCUCCAUAUGGAACACAGUAUUUUAAGGAGUAUGCAGAGAAGAUCCCUGGGGAAUCGACACAAAAGCUCUCAGAAGUUGCAAAGGAGUGCAGCAUAUAUCUCGUUGGAGGAUCCAUUCCAGAAGAGGAUGGUGGAAAGCUGUAUAACACGUGUACUGUCUUUGGGCCGGAUGGUGCUAUAUUGGCAAAGCAUAGGAAGGUUCAUUUGUUUGACAUUAAUAUUUCUGGGAAGAUACAGUUCAAAGAGUCUGAAACACUGAGUCCAGGGAAUAGUUUCUCCAUGUUUGAUACUCCGUACUGUAAAGUGGGCCUGGGCAUCUGUUACGAUCUCAGAUUUGCGGAGAUGGCUCAAAUCUACGGCCAGAAAGGUUGCCAGCUGCUGAUAUAUCCAGGGGCUUUUAACCUGACAACAGGACCAGCUCAUUGGGAACUGCUACAAAGGGGUCGAGCUGUUGAUAAUCAAGUCUACGUAGCUACCGUAUCUCCAGCUAGAGAUGAAAAAGCAUCCUAUGUUGCCUGGGGACACAGCACUGUAGUAAAUCCAUGGGGUGAAGUCAUAGCCAAAGCUGGGGCCGAGGAAACGGUUAUAUACACAGAUAUAGAUCUGAAGAAACUUGCAGAAAUUCGUCAACAAAUUCCUAUUUUAAGCCAGAAGCGUUGUGAUCUCUAUGGCAUAGAGAUGAAAAAGUGAAGCUGGGUGAAUAGGGAAGGUUCAGCUGGCUGCUGCUGUCACCUUCAGAAGGAUUCCCUUGCUAGUUGCUCCACAAUCUACUGCUAAAUGUGCCAGUUAGUUCAUUCAAAACCCCGCUCAUUGGGUGGUAUAAUUCUAAAAUUGAUUCAAAUACAACUUUUUAUCUCCUCUUAUACUUUAAUAUUUUAUAGUGUUUUACAGCUAGGAUAAAAAAGGUCAGAUCAGUUCAACACAGUAGUAGUUACCAUUGGUUUUUACGCAUCACACUUUUUGUUACCUUUUGGGGGCUUUUUGUAGAACAUAGAAAAGAGAACCAUAUUCUCUCCGUAAAUCUUCUGAAGCCAGCAUUGGUAUUAUGAAUUUUUCAGCAAAUUAUCAGAUAAUGUAGAAGCAUGAUUCUUCCACCUCUGUCCUUUAGGUGUAUGUGCCUUACCAAAGUUCCUUGAAUGCCUAACUUGAAAAAGCUUAAAAUUUAACACAGUAAGCAAAAAAUGCCAAAUUCUGCUCUGUACUACUUAAGGACACUGCGAGAAACUGCCAGACAGAACCACUACUGUGAAAGAAUCUAACAGGUUUUGGUUCACGUGUCUUACCUGGAAUAUACGUAGUAGAACUCUCCUUAUUGCAGUUCCUGUUUAUUGGUGAAGUGGUGCAGGUCGCUGUUUUAUUAGAGCAAUUCAUGUCACCACACCUCUGCUCUAUAUAUUGCUUCCUUAAUACAGUGCCUGCAUGGGCUUUAAUUCAUUAAUUCUGGCAGUCUUCACCUGAAAAAGUUGAGGGGAGUCACUCAAUGCUUCCAUGUAUCAUAACUGCUCUUUUGUAUUUUUUUUUUUUUUUUAUUGUUUUGGCCACUGAAAUGAGCUAGGUCUGUUCUAGAGGAGCAUUAAUGGUUAAAUUAAGCCACACCCUGAAGGCAUCUUUCCCCUCAAAAGACAGGUCACACCCUUCCACUCAGUGGCAUUAUCUAUUCCAGCAAGCAUUUUUUAGUCUGUACUUUUCACUGCAUUUUGGUGUACCUAGUGUACCGGAACUCCUAAGAAACAAGCCACAGAGCAUAAGGUGAAAUGAAGAUUUAUUUGUUGAAAAAUAAAUAUCAAAAAAUUAACAAUUUA